AAAUCUUGCUGGCCGGUUCGUGAUUUCCUGCACAUUUGGAGAACUUCAGCGGAACCAGCUGAAAACCUAUCUUGUCAUCGGAAUUGAUUGUCUCAAAAUUUAUUGUAGUUCUUCAAAAUGGGAAGAUAUAGCAGGGAUGCGGAAAAUCCGUCUCAGAGCUGCAAAGCUCGUGGCUCUGACAUGCGAUGCCACUUCAAGAACACCCGAGAAACCGCUCAUGCCAUCAAGGGAAUGACUCUGCGUCGUGCCACAGCGUACCUGAAGAAUGUUAUCGCGAAGAAGGAAAUUAUUCCUUAUCGUCGAUUCACGGGACAUGUGGGACGAAAAGGCCAGGCUAAACAAUUCGGAGCGACCCAGGGACGUUGGCCAAAGAAGUCUGCCGAGUUCCUUCUCAGUUUGCUGCGGAAUGCCGAGAGCAACGGCGAAUACAAGAGCUUAAAUGUGGAAAAUCUUGUUAUUGAUCACAUUCAAAUUAAUCGUGCGCCCAAAAUGAGAAGAAGGACGUAUCGCGCUCACGGUCGCAUUAAUCCUUUUCUGAGCUCCCCAUCCCACAUGGAAGUGAUCCUGGUCGAGAAGGAAGGUAUCGUCCCGAAGCCAUCUGCCGUCGCUGAGCCCAAGGCCAAGAAGAAGGAGUCUAAGAAGAAGCAGGCCAGAAUGAAGGCUCGCGAACGAGAGUGAUCAUUUUUUAAAUAGCUGGCCUGUUUAGUUUAGGCCGAUGUUCUUCGAGAUGGAUUUGUGAGUUCAUGCGCUAUUCUAAAAGCUCCAAUAAAAAUGUUUAGUAAAA